AGAGGCCGCGUUCCGCGGAGCGCUGGGCAGCGUUGACGCGUGCCGCCGUUUGAACAGCUGUCCGCGGCCGGCGAUCAUGAUCUGCACCCUCGGACGACGUGCCUCGCUAUGGUCUGAACCAUUGCUGCUUCUAUCACAUGUGCUACUACUGGCUCUGCCUUCAACUUCGAGAGCGCGCCCCUUGACGGAACCGGGUAGCGAAGAUUGUGGCGUAUGGUCGCGGCGAGGCGGCCGAGUGGUGGGCGGUGUAGUCGCCGACCCGGCGCCCUGGAUGGUGCAGCUGAUGCGCGGGCGCAAGCACAUCUGCGCCGGUGCCCUCCUCUCUCCAAGGCACGUGCUCACAGCUGCCCACUGCGUCCAGCAGCACAGGCCCGACCUGCGGCUUCGGCUGGCAGAAGGUGCCGUGCAUUCUCCUCGGCAGGUGCUCGUGCACGAGGAUUUCGACGCAUCCGAGCUGCGCCACGACCUAGCGCUUCUGGUGCUGGAAGAAGCGGCGGCUGUGGCCCGCGCCGAGAUGGUGUGCCUGCCAAGGGCAAGCGGGGAGAACCACGAGGGCAGGCCCGCCCUGGUGUCUGGGUGGGGCUCCACCGGGUCGCACGAGCAGACGCAGCAACAGGAGAAGGGGGGAGAAGGCAGCCCAGAACACCGCGAAGCGAUGGUCCUGACGCUGAACCGCGACCAAUGCGAAGAGGCCUACCUGGGCUUGCUGGACAUCACUGACGAGAAGCUGUGUGCCGCAGGCGAUGGCGUGGACACCUGCCAGGGCGACUCCGGAGGCCCGCUGGUUGUGAGCGAUCCGGUGCGCGACCGGUUCUCAGUGGUCGGCGUUACGUCGUUCGGCGUGCGCUGCGGUGAUUCCCGCUUUCCGGGAGUUUACACGCGCGUGGCCGCCUACCUGCCCUGGAUACGCGGAAAGAUGGUGGAACACCAAUAGCCCAGAAAUUUGAAGCCCACGACGCGUCCUUUUACCAUGGACUCUGUUUGCGGUGGUUUGUACCAGCCGGUGGGACGCCUGUUGCGCUGUUUAGCAAUGGAAAGUGAAUGUCAGUACAGGCUCUUAGUUAUCAGUGACGGGUUCCACUUCAACGGUGAAUAUGCAUCGUUUCCUGAUUGCUCUAGCCAGUGCCAUAUAAGCUGUGCGUAUAGUGCGAUUUUCUUUGGUACAUGUGUUGUUUUUCUUGUGCGACUCGUCGCAGGUCCACAGCAGCUAUGACGCUGUUGUGCUGUGCAUGAUGUUAGGGCUGCGAAUCCUGGCCGUGGCGGCCGCAUUCAGAUCGAGGCGGAAUGGCAUACCUUUAUACUUUCCCGAAUUUUUUUGUAAAGGCCAGAAAUUUAAGCCCGUGCUACAACUUCACGAAUGUUCCGUAAAGUUUUAUGAAAAGUGUGUUCUGUUCGCGAAAGUGUUAAAACCUCUUUAAAGAUGAAGCUGCUUAAGCUUGAAAAAAAAAAAAAAAUUGUAGACGACCCUAAUCUCUGACUUAGGUGUCUCUUAUAGUGGCACUCGCACUUUGGCGUUGGUGUUCUUGAGGCUAACUUUAGGCGACCGCAACGCACGAACUGAACUCGGACGCAACUGUUUUCCAUUAAUUUGCCGGUUAAAUAUCAUGCCGCCUUGUGUAUGACGUCAUUAGCGACGUCAUUAGUGACGUCAUUACUUCGCUUUCUACUUCCGGGUUUCCAGGAAUUUCGCCAAAUUCGUGCUCACGUGGCGGGUCUCUAAAGUGCACGAUCCUGUGCUUUGGUGUGCGGUAAACAGUGAUUUCUAAUUCUAAUUAUUCCGCACACUUCAGCAGCACAACUUGUAACUAAACGUAUGCUCUGAUAUUAUAACUAUAAUGAAACCCAUGAAUUUAGUACUGUGCUAUUCUUCUAUUUUUUUUCAUGAUUCACAUUUAAUUUCCUCCCGGUCGUCUCAGUGAUUUCUGAAUAAUUCUAAUUAUUCCGUACACUUCAGCAGCGCAACUUGUAACUAAACAUAAGCUCUGAUAUUAUAACUAGAAUGAAACCCGCGAAUUUAGCACUGCACUAUUCUUCUUCUAUUUUUUUUUUCUUCAUUUAUUUUGAAUUUCCUCCCCUGUUGUCUCAGGACGGGAACCGGAAGUGCAGCGCAAGAAACAACAGUGUCACUCGAUUCUCGUGCCACUAGAGAAAACACGCCAAACAAGAAAAUGCGAUGGUAACUUCGCCGCCUUGUGGCAGCGCAAAGUGCCACAUGAAAUAGGAAGCACGUGCUUCUAUAUAGCAAGUUUAAUCAGAAAUGUUCCUUAAGCAGGCGAAAUUGGCAGCAGCAACGUCGCUGGAAAAGUCUCUGUUACGUAACAAAAGUGUGUUGCUUGUCAGCAUUUGCUGACAAGCAACAGUUUGCUUCUGCUAGCGUUUGCUUCUGCAAUGAGGAUGAAAAAGAAGGAAAGAAAGGUAGGGAGGUCAACCAGACGCACGUCCGGUUCGCUACCCUACACAGGGGAAGGGAUUUAAUGGAAGAAAAGAAAGGAGAGGGAGGGAAGAAGGUACCGUCUGCGUGAGUACGUGCGGAUGUCCAUAACUUCACGCCUAUAAUCGGUCACUGAAGCCAGUCGCUUUCAUGAAACAUAGCAGUGCCUGCGUCGCUUUGUAAGCCUGCGACGCGUGGGGCCAUGGUCUGUGAAUCUUAGUCUGUGAAAAUAGUUUGUUAUCUAAUCGGUUUAAGACCCUCUGAAGGAUGUCGCGCUCGCUGUCAUAGAGAUUACAAAAACACAACACGUGCUCGAUGGUCUCUUCACAGUUGCACGAGUCACAAAUCGGUGUGUCCGACAUUCCAAUAAGGAAUGAGUAGGCUUCUACUCAUUCUACUCAUACUAAAAGUUACUUGUGCAAAAGAUUGCUACUGCUAGCAAGCUGAGUCUAAAUGUAAAUCAUGGUUAAUAAAGCGAGCAUGAGUUUCACACGGAAUGUCUACGCUCAGGGCAAACUAUAUGUUCUCCUGCUCGCGGCAGUAUUCUCACGAAUUUUAAUGUUCGCUGCCUGGCAAGUAUGUGCAACAAUGCCCGUGUGCCGUGUUUUGGGCGCACGUUAAAAGAACCCCAGCAGGUUAGCGUUAACCUGGAGCCCUCUACUAUACGAUGACCUUCAUAACGUAACCGAAUGCAUACAGUUUCGGGACGUUAAAUUCCCCAUUUUGAUUUUUUAUUCUUGCGAUCUCUUCAAUGUGGGCCCAAGAAGCAGUUCUCGGAAUGACCUGUUGCAAGCGACGUUUGUGGUUCAUUAUAGCUACGAUAAACGCUCCGACCGAAGGUUCUUCUUGUAUCCUCCUCCGUGAUUCGCGAGUAUCACUUUCCGGCAGCGGCGGCCGUAUUACGACAGGGGCACAAUGCAAAGCCACUCGUAUACCGAGAUGUGGAUGCGCGUAAUAUUCCGAUCACACGGCGCACGUUCGAUCAGGAUCGAUUCAGAUCGGAAGCGGAAGAGAGAGAGAGCGAGAUCGAGAGCGAGAGAGAGAGAAAGAUAGAGAGAGAGAUAGAG